AUGCACCCUUUCCUGUUGUACCAACAGUUUGCAUCACGAAGACAACAAAACCGGCGUGAGUUCUUCGUGGCACUUUUUGGCCUAGCGAUACUCAUCUUUUGGGUUUCGUGGUUCAGCAUUUCAUCACGCGAACAAUUUGAAAAACCCAAUCCAACUGUGAUCACUCUUUUGCAUUCCAACACACCUGUGACGAGCGUCUUGCAUCCAGACACACCUGAACAAGCUCCACUAAACCAACUCGUCUCUUUCUCCAUCAAGACAACAAGCCAACCUCUACGCGAAUAUGAGGAAACAUUCCCCCAGCAUGGCAAGAGCGAACCGGGCCAGCAUUACCGAAUCGAAAACACCGAGAUGCUAACGAAGCAUGGGGACAGAGACAAAGACUCAGUUUUGAUCAUGUGUGUGUUCAACGACGCUGAGUCAUGGGGACGGGGGCGCUCUAUGAAGGACUUCUUUAAGCUCAUCGGGUCCUUCGAUUACCCGAAAGCAAAAGUUUCGAUCGCGUUGCUCACUUCAUCGAUGACCGAGUUCGCAAAGGCGAAAGUGCUCUUCGGUUCCUACAUCGCGCAAUAUCCGAGGUUAUCCGUCAUCUUCCGCAACGACUUCUCCCCAGGAGGAUUAACUCGCGCAAAUCGUCACGAUCACUCGCUUCAGGCCAGUCGACGACGUAUGCUCGCUCGAUAUCGUAACUACGCACUGCUUUCAACGAUGGAGUCAUGGCACCAGCACGUUGUGUGGGUGGAUGCUGACAUCACCGCCAUCCCAUCAGGAUUGGUGCUUAAAAUGGUGCAGUCUGGCCGCGACAUCCUGGAGCCCAUGUGUGUGCGGAAUAUCAGAGGGAAAUGGUUCAACUACGAUUCUAACGCAUGGGUGGGCCAGCGGAAAGUGAGGUCGGCUAACGACAAGGACUUCGUACCGGGUCCACUGAACGCCCGAUCCUUUCACAACCUCCCUGACAGAUCCAAGCCUUUUGUGCCGCUAGACUCGGUAGGAGGAACGAUGUUGUACGUGCGUGCAGAUAUACACCGGCAAGGGGUGAUGUUUCCUGUUCACUACAUCAUCGGUAGUGAGUGGGGUCGGGAAGGUUAUGAUGGUAUUGAAACGGAAGGCUUAUGCUACAGCGCACAUUUCCUGGGCUACAAAUGUUGGGGCAUGCCUCAAGGUGCCAUUGAACAUGUCUUGUAA